GCUUAGGCAUCUUUUAGGUCAUAUCAUACAAAAAUUUCAACACCUGAGCUGCGCGAAUAAACAAACACUUGUUCAUCCUCUCCGUAAUUCUCAAAAUUAGGGUUUUCUUCCGGCAGCUCUCUCUCUCUCUCUCGCCUUUAAGGUUAGAUUGGCAGCAUAAAAAAUUUCACUUGCAAUUCUGAACAAUGUCUCUUGUGGGAUGGAGCUGGAGUUUUCUAAGCAGAGAUACUAUUUUCUCUUUAGCUCUUCUUUUUUCUUGCUAAUCACUACCAAGUCCUAUGAUAUCAUGGUUUUUUUCCGCUCUCAGGGGUCAUUCGUUUCUUAAUUUUUGUUUCACCUGUUGAGCAUUUCAUCGCCCUCUUCUUUGUUUGUCACCUUUUUCUUUGUUAACUACUUUGGAAUUCCUUUUUUAGCCGCAUUAUGGCAACGCGUCAAUUCGAACUUCUUUUUCUUCUUUUCUAUUGGCCUCUUAUUGUUUCUUUUCCAACCUUUCCUCGGUUCUUUUCUCUCUCCCCACUUGCUUCUUGCUUCUGUGUCUCCUCCACAGUUGUCUUGCAAGCGUUCUUUUCUAGAUACUUAAGAUGUCAAGGACGAGGACUGCUGCUUCUGAGGCUCACGAUUCAAUGGAGUCUGAAGAAAGGGUAGACCUUGACGGUGACAAUGAUCCUGAGGAGAUUCUGGAGGAGGAAGUUGAAUACGAAGAAGUUGAAGAGGAGGAGGAAAUUGAAGAGAUAGAAGAGGAGAUAGAGGAGGAGGUGGAAGUGGAAGAAGAGGAGGAGGAUGCUGUUGCAACGGAAGAGGAAGAAGAAAAGAAAAGGCAUGUUGAACUCCUUGCACUUCCUUCACAUGGUUCAGAGGUUUAUCUUGGAGGGAUUCCUACUGAUGCUACUGAAGGGGACUUAAAGGGCUUCUGUCAAUCAAUAGGAGAAGUUACUGAGGUUAGGAUAAUGAGGGAAAAGGAAUCUGGUGAUGGAAAGGGGUAUGCAUUUGUGACAUUCAGAAACAAGGACUUAGCAUCUAAAGCAAUUGAUACUCUAAAUAGCACUGAAUUCAGAGGUAAAAGGAUAAAAUGUUCGACUACCCAAGCAAAGCAUCGUCUCUUUCUUGGUAAUGUUCCUAGAAAUUGGACUGAGUCAGACAUUAAGAAAGCAGCGAAUAGAAUUGGUCCAGGCGUUCAAAUUGUCGAACUCCCAAAGGAACCACAAAAUAUGGGCCGGAAUCGUGGAUUUGCUUUCAUCGAGUAUCACAACCAUGCAUGUGCUGAAUACUCGAAACAAAAAAUGUCAAAUCCGAGUUUUAAGCUUGAUGAUAAUGCCCCAACUGUAAGCUGGGCUGAAUCAAGGAGUGGAGGAGGAGGAGACUCUUCGGCUUCCCAGGUCAAGGCAUUGUACAUCAAGAACUUGCCUAGAGAUAUAACACAAGAACGUCUAAAGGCAUUAUUUGAACAUCACGGGAAAAUACUGAAAGUGGUGAUUCCACCAGCAAAACCAGGAAAGGAAGACAGUAGAUACGGAUUUGUGCAUUAUGCAGAGAGGACAAGUGUCAUGCGAGCUUUGAAAAACACUGAAAGAUAUGAGAUUGAUGGUCAUAUGUUGGAUUGUACUCUGGCAAAGCCUCAAGCGGAUCAAAAGGCGAAUGCAAAUACAGUUCAGAAUGUGCAGAAAUCACAAUUGCAACCAAACUAUCCUCCUCUUCUUAGUUAUGGCAUGGCUCCUAGUCCUUUUGGUGCUCUUGGUGGAUUUGGAGCUUCUGCCUACUCACAACCAUUAAUGCAUGCGGGAGGUCACGCAGCUGGUGGAAUGUCGAUGAUGCCAAUCAUGUUACCCGAUGGAAGAAUCGGAUACGUCUUGCAACAGCCUGGACUAGCAGCUAUGCCACAACCACCACCAAGGCCUUCUCCACCAUAUAGGGGAGGCAGCGGUUCGAGCAGCAGCAGCAGCAGCAAACGGAGUAGUGACAAUGGUAGAGGACGAAGCCGUUACAAUCCUUAUUAGUAAUUUAAUAAAUCUGUCUUCUUUAUUUGGAAAAACACCCCCAAACCAAGUCACCAAAACAAACAAAAAAAAGUCAAUGUUAACCAUUGUUGUUUUCUUCUUUAUGCCAUUUGUUUUGACUCUUUAAGAUUUUGAGGGUGAAAAUGGGGUUUCGUUUUAACUUAUGUUCUGUAUAUUAUGGGUUUUUCAUGUUCUUUCUAAAUUACAAUUUUGUUUGUUUAUGUCUUUUUUCUGUUAUUCAUGUAUGGUUUAAGCUUACUAGUCGAUAUGUAUUGACAUCAGGAUUUCUGCCGAAGAUGAAAACUUAAUGAAUUUGUUUGGUCUU